AUGUCUAAGGAUACCAAGGACGGCCUUGAUGCCGCUGAUUUGUUAUCAUCAUUGAACAUCAACAAGCCACAAACAGAGAAAAAAGACGUUGAACCAACGAAGGAAGAGACUGUAGAAGUUAAAGAAGAUACUAAGGAAGAAACCAAAGAGGUACCCGUCAAGGAAGCCAGCAAUGAAUCCGCAAAGGAAGAUGAGGAAAAGCCAGACACCAACCUUAUUAAGUCCACAUAUGAAGUCAAGGUCAAAUUGGCCGAUUUACAGGCAGAUCCAAACUCUCCUCUCUACUCAGUCAAGUCGUUCGAAGAGUUAGGGUUGAGCGCUGAGCUUUUGAAAGGGUUGUACGCCAUGAAGUUCAAUAAGCCUUCUAAAAUUCAAGAAAAGGCAUUGCCGCUCUUGAUAUCUAGUCCUCCUAAGAAUAUGAUCGGCCAGUCUCAAUCUGGUACCGGUAAGACUGCGGCCUUUUCGUUGACCAUGCUUUCCAGGGUUGACGAAAACUUGCCUCAAACUCAGUGCAUCUGUUUGUCUCCAGCCAGAGAAUUGGCAAGACAGACGUUAGAAGUCAUCUCUACUAUGGGUAAAUUUACUAAGAUCAGUACCCAGUUGGUGGUCCCUGAGUCCAUCCCUAAGGGCCAGCUGACAAGCGCACACAUCGUGGUGGGUACACCAGGUUCCGUUCUUGAAAUGAUCAGAAGAAAGCUCCUCAAUGUCAGCCAGGUCAAGGUAUUCGUGUUGGAUGAAGCUGAUAAUAUGUUAGAAGCUCAAAGUUUGGCAGACCAGUGUGUUCGUGUCAAGAAAACGCUUCCGAAGACCACCCAAUUGGUGUUGUUCUCUGCCACAUUCCCAACUGAAGUGAGAGCGUACGCCGAGAAGUUUGUGCCCAACGCCAAUUCCUUAGAAUUGAAGCAAGAAGAAUUGAACGUGGAUGGUAUAAAGCAGUUGUACAUGGACUGUAAGAGUGAGAACGAUAAAUUCGAGGUGUUGUGUGAAUUGUACGGAUUGUUGACCAUCGGUUCGUCCAUUAUAUUUGUUGCUAAGAAGAGCACUGCAGACUUGCUUUACGGGAAGAUGAAGAGCGAGGGCCACACCGUCUCAGUAUUACACGGUGGAUUAGAUACCGGUGACAGAGAUAGAUUAAUAGACGAUUUCCGUGAAGGUAGAUCCAAGGUAUUGAUCACCACCAACGUUUUGGCUAGAGGUAUCGACAUUGCUUCCGUUUCGAUGGUUGUUAAUUACGACUUGCCUACAGACGCUCAAGGCAGACCAGACCCAUCUACUUACUUGCACAGAAUUGGAAGAACAGGUAGAUUUGGUAGAGUGGGUGUGUCUAUUUCAUUUGUUCACGACAAAAAGUCUUUCGAGACCUUGGUGGCCAUCAGAAAGUACUUUGGUGACAUUGAAAUGACCAGAUUACCUACCGAUGAUUGGGACGAAGUUGAAAAGGUUGUCAAAAAGGCAAUGAAGAAUUAG